AAACACAACUGUGUGUGCGCGCGCUGCGGUCGGUCGCGGCUGUGAUCUGGUCACUGGAACACCGAACGCCCGUCUCUCGCCCACUUAAACACGAUUUCGCUCAGCUUCGAACAGUGCUCCGCCACACAGCACCGUACGCACGUUACAAAGUGAACCGCAUAGUUUGUCUCGAAAACAUUAUGUUGUUGCGAUCUUGUGAAAACGAGACUGGUGAAAUGAAAUGAGUAACACUCGUUGCCGAAUGGACAUUUACUAUACGAGGAGAAACUAAUUAUUCAUGUGAUUGCGCUAAAGAUUUCUCCUGCCACUGACAGACAUGGCUUUAAGUACGCAAUGUCUUCCACUAUUAAUAGUCGGUCUAACCGCCACAUUAACAUCAGGUAAUCCACUAUUUGUACAAACAGGACGCAAUAUAAAGCCGGUAAUAAAAUGGAAUCAACCAAUGGACACUUGGAAUUGGAUUGAAGAACCACGAAACGAUGAGGCUCUCGUAACACCUUCGAAUUUCACUCACAAAUUACCGCCGACAGCAAAUGAAACUGAACUUAUCGCGCACAUGGCAGCUCUCAAGCGGAACUAUUCACGACUUCUGUGGGACAGUGAGAAGAGCAGCAACUUGCCGCUCUUCGUCGACAAAGCUCUCAAGUUACUUAACCUAAAACAAGUAUACUAUGAAGUGGAACACUCCGUUAUGUCGAGGGUAUCGUGCACGGCUUGCAAAGCCGGCGCAGGCUUGCUACAACAUUACAUGAGGCUCGGUAAGAGUAAGGAAGAGAUCAAUAAAAUGAUAUACCAGUUCUGUGUGUCUCUCAACAUCCAGUCAGCCAGAGUUUGCGAAGGCAUUACAAGGUUAUUUGGGAGCGAAGUUAUUUACGUUUUAAAACGCAUAACGUUGGGCCCUGAUGAGAUAUGCAGUUUUAUAAUCGGUGACGCUUGUGGUGAUGUUUACAAUCCGUAUCAUGAAUGGGAAGUAGCGUUUCCACCGGUGCCAAAACCGGAAGUACCUGAAUUAGAAGCGCCCAUAGACAAAGCUCCUACGUUUAAAGUAUUGCAAAUAUCGGAUACACACUUUGAUCCCUACUAUGCAGAAGGUUCUAACGCGGAGUGCAAUGAACCGUUGUGCUGUCGAGCAUCAAGUGGACCCGCCGUGAACCCUGGCGGCGGCGCCGGUCGCUGGGGAGACUACCGCAAGUGUGACACUCCGAAACGCACCAUCGACCACAUGCUGAAGCACAUAGCUGACACACAUACUGAUAUAGACUACAUUUUGUGGACGGGAGAUUUACCUCCUCACGAUGUUUGGAACCAAACAAAGGAAGAAAAUCUCAAAGUCCUUCAGGAGACCGUAGCUCAAAUGUCAGACAUGUUUCCGGGAGUUCCAAUAUUCCCUGCACUGGGCAACCAUGAAUCGUCUCCAGUUAAUAGCUUCCCACCUCCAUACAUAUCUUCGCCUGAAUCCAAUAUUGCUUGGCUCUACAACGAGCUGGAUGCCCAGUGGCGUCGCUGGCUCCCUGCUGGUGUCUCGCACACGGUCCGGCGCGGUGCCUUCUACUCCGUUCUCGUGCGACCUGGCUUCCGUAUCAUAUCCCUGAAUAUGAACUAUUGUAACAACAAAAACUGGUGGCUUCUUCUUAAUAGCACUGAUCCAGCAACAGAGCUUCAAUGGCUAAUCUACGAGUUACAGUCUGCCGAAUUCAGUGGCGAGAAGGUACAUAUCAUUGGGCAUAUACCACCUGGACAUUCGGACUGCUUAAAAGUAUGGAGCAGAAAUUAUUAUGCAAUAAUCAAUCGAUACGAAGCAACAAUAACAGCGCAGUUCUUUGGACAUACCCAUUACGAUGAGUUCGAAGUAUUCUACGAUCCGAAUGAUCUGGGGAGGGCAACAAGCAUAGCGUAUGUUGGACCUUCUGUGUCUCCAUAUUACGAUUUAAAUCUCGGAUACCGAAUAUACUAUGUUGACGGAGACCACGAUGCCACAACACGGCUUGUGGUGGAUCACGAGACCUGGAUAAUGAACUUGAAAGAGGCGAACUUGUUCGGAUACCCGAUAUGGUACAAGCUGUACUCCGCACGGUCAGCUUACCUGAUGCCGUCUCUCAGACCGCAGGAUUGGGAUAAGUUUAUUGACGACAUGACAACUAAGGAGGAUGUCUUUAAUUUAUAUUACAAGAACUACUGGAAGAACAGUCCUCGGCGGGGCAUGUGUGAUGGAGAAUGUCGGAAGCGAAUGAUCUGCGACGCGCGCUCGGGUCGCUCGCACGACCGUCGCGCGCUCUGUGUCAACAUCGAGGCGCGAAUCGACGGCGCGACCGCGACGCCUCAAACAUGGCGAUCUUGGCUCUACAAUGGCCUGUCCGUCUCGCCUAGUGCACAGCAAGUGUAACGGUGGUGGAAUUUAGAUACAGCAUGAAAGGAUGUCAAUGCUGAUGCAACUACCACAAGUGGCUUACCAAAUACCAAAGUUUGUGAUGGGACUUGGUUGAAUUACCAUGCAUUGAGCAGGGUUAUAUACAAUUUGUCACUUAAUCCACCGGAGAAAACCACAUUUUAUACUAUUUUUUGACGCAGGGUGGCAUGUGACACAUUUUUAUCUUGAAAAAAAUCUGACUACCGCCAUAAUUGUUUCGAUUAUAAGUAUCAUAAUUUAAUUUAUAUAUUAACUGCAUUAUCUCUUACUUUCUUAUAUGUAUGUCAUUAAAGUUUUGUUAUUUAUUAUUAUUCAAUAUUGCAGAACCAAAACAGGAAUAAAUUAAUUAGAUAAAUAUUGUAUAGCAAUAAGUUAAUUUGUAAAUAUUAUUAUUUGUAAAAAUAACAUAAUAAAUAUUUUAAUAAGA